AUGUCCUCCGAACUCAAGCACUGGUACCUUGACGCGACAGUCCAUAACGACCGAGUGGAGGAGGUCUACUAUAUAUCAGAUCCUGUGCAAAACGUUAGACGCAGCCGCCAGACCCGGGUAUGGAAGGUAGAGCAACUCUUGGGCCACGGCAGCUUUGGACAAGUGCGCCUGGAAAAGAACCAUGAAGAUGGACAAGUAAGGGCCGUGAAGAGGAUUACGACGACGAGCGCGACACUGAGUAAUAGCGAAUGCGAAAAGGAAUUAAAGGCUCUGCUAGAGUUUUCCAAACCCAAGUUCAAAGAAGCUGCGGUAUUUGUCGAGUUUUUCGGUUGGUUUAAGGAUGGCUAUGACAUUUUUCUAGCUAUGGAGUACGCCCCUCUCGGGGAUCUCCACAAGAACCUGGUCGCAAAUUCGGGGAAAAUACCAGAGACCGAAGCUCGAGAUAUUGCCGAACAAAUACUUUUGGGGCUGGAAAUUAUGCAUGCCGAAUCUUUUGCACAUCGUGACCUUAAGCCACAGAACGUUCUUGUUAUUCAUGGACCGCCUCAGUGGUGGGUGAAGUUGGCAGACUUUGGUCUGAGCAAGAGAUUAACGAAUACUACGGGCUAUAAUACUCGGGCUGGUACUCAGUCAUAUAUGGCCCCCGAAAUUCUCGACUUUCUAAAUCCGUAUGAGCCAAGGUCGGAUUAUACAAAUGCCGUUGAUAUAUGGUCUGCUGGGUGCAUUGUUUAUCGUCUGAUUACAGGUGUGGUCCCCUUUCCCCGAAUCACCUCAUUAAUCAAGUAUUGUGAGGAUAAAUCUUUGUUUCCUUACGAUGCUUUGUUUGACAGCGGGAUUAAGAGUGAGGGAUCAAAGUUUCUUCGACAACUUCUGGUGGCAAAACCAAGCGCAAGACCUUCUGCAAUCCAAGCCCUCAAUCAUAACUGGAUAUUUUCCGGACUUUCUCCAACUUCUUCUGAGAUUGGCUACAAUACGGCUUCACAUGCUGGACUCCAAUCUGACCAACCGUUACUGUCCAGCUUCUCGCAAACGGUAUUGCCGCCCCCAUCAGCUCCCAAAAUUUCACCCCCCUCUAAUGGCACAACUCUCGAUCCAUAUCCAAUCCGCUCCGCGCCUAUAUAUGCACAGGACUCAGAUUCGCAAACUGCGAGAGCCAGCUCGAUCACAAGGGAGGCACGUAGCACGCUCAAGGGCCAUACCGGGUCCGUUUGGAGUGUCACCUUCUCACCAGACGGCAAGCUUGUGGCCUCAGGCUCUGACGACAUGACCGUGCGGCUCUGGGACUCGGCCACAGGGGCGCCCCGCGGUAUACUCAAGGGCCAUACCAGCUCCGUUUGGAGUGUUGCCUUCUCACCAGACGGCAAGCUCGUAGCCUCAGGCUCUAACGAUAUGACCGUACGGCUCUGGAACUUGGCUACAGGGGCGGUACGGGGCACGCUCAAGGGCCAUCUUAACUCUGUCCAGAGCAUUGCCUUCUCGCCAGAUAGCAAGCUUGUGGCCUCAGGCUCUAAUGAUAAGACCGUACAGCUCUGGGACUCGGCCACAGGGGCGCCUCGCGAUACGCUCUUUGGCCAUACCAACUACGUUCAGAGCGUCGCCUUCUCACCAGACGGCAAGCUUGUGGCCUCAGGCUCUGACGACACGACCGUGCGGCUCUGGGACUCGGCCACAGGGGCGCCCCGCGAUAUGCUCGAGGGCCAUACCAGCUCCGUUUGGAGUGUUGCCUUCUCACCAGACGGCAAGCUCGUAGCCUCAGGCUCUUGCGACAAUACCAUACGGCUCUGGGACUCGGCUACAGGGGCGGUACGGGGCACGCUCGGGGACUAUACCAACUAUAUUCAGAGCGUCGCCUUCUCACCAGAUAGCAAGCUUGUGGCCUCAGGCUCUGAUGAUAAGAUCGUGCGGCUCUGGGACUCGGCUACAGGGGCGACCCGCGGUAUGCUCUUUGGCCAUACCAACUUCGUUCAGAGCGUCGCCUUCUCACCAGACGGCAAGCUCUUGGCCUCAGGCUCUCGCGAUAAGACCGUACGGCUCUGGGAUGAGAAAUGA